AGGAUUUUACGGGUUUAAGAGGAGACGCACGUGAGCCUCAUCGAGUGAUGAGGGGAACAAACGCCCGCUGAGCAACCGGUUCGAACCGGACCAACUUUGGCGUGGAACUAUUCGACGAACCCACGCCAACUUUGAUGCCGGAAAAGACGCGCAGGUGAGACGCAAACACCUUAGAAGAAGAGAGGGGCGGAAGGUUCAUUUGGAAUUUUUUGGGACGCUUGUGGCUGCGUAACUUGGAUUCAAAUUGCCCUAAAUGGUGAUGUUUUGACACCCGGGUUCGGAACUUGUUUUUGGCCCGAAUGGGGAACCACAUGGAGCGCUUAAAUUACGCCGAAGUUCCCACCGUCGACCCGCACGGCGUGGACCGGGACGAUGGUCCUCGUAUAGGCGUGUCGUACAUCUUCUCCGGCGGGGAAGAUGACGACGACGAGCCGGGUGGAAGUAGCGGGAAAGACAACGACGGGGCGGCGGACGGCACUCCGGCGAAUUCGAACCCGGAAGAAACGCCGUUCGACCCGCGGGAGGAGGUGGAGUGCGCCGUGUACAAACUGGACGAGUGCGUGUACGAGAAGAGCCAGCGUUCGUCCACCCUGGAGGUGUAUUCGCCGGAGAACCUGCUCAACAAGUGCCGCGCCGGCGACCUGGUGGAGUUCGUGGCCGGCGGACAGUACCCGCAUUGGGCGGUUUACGUAGGUAACUUCCAGGUGGUGCACCUUCACCGAGCCGAGGUCAAGAGCGCCUUCCUGACGGAUGCCGGGCGUGGGAGACGAUGCCGGAUUGUCAACGAGCGAUACAAGUUUCGAGCCCGGGACCCCGAAGCCGUCGUUCAGAGCGCCCUGGAGCAGGUGGGCCUGAAGGACCGCGAGCUGCGCUGGCGGAACUCUGAGGGCUUCGCCGCCUGGUGCCGCUUCGGCCGCCGGGAACUGAAGGCGGGCGGCGAGCUGCGCGGCGGCGGCCAGCCGUACACGUUGCACGUCAUGCUGGGCGAGCGCAAGUAUUCGCACGCUCUGGAGUUCCAAAGCCUGGAGGACGUGAUCGCCGAGAAGCGACGCGGGGACUACCUGGGACGGACUGCCCUCCUGCGGGAGUUGGCGGCCCACCUGAGGACUGACACAGGACCUCACUGAUGAAAUGAGAUUCAACUGAUCCUUUUUGGAAAAAAAGUUCUCUAAUUUUGGGGACCGAAACAGAUUUUUUCAUUUUAUUAAACUCUAAAGUGGAGUUGAAACAGUCGAAUAUGCCCAAGAACCUAUAAAUCGACCCCUGAGUUCCAUUCGUUUAUUUAAAAUUUCGGACAUUUUAAAUUCAAAGUGCAGAAAAUGCGCAGAAAAACUUGGCAAUAAUGUUAGCGUUUCUAAAGUGAAAUCAUACAGGACUUGCAAAUAAAAAAUAAAAUUAUUCGACACAGAAAUUGGCGCUAAAUGAUUAAAUUAUCAAAAUAUUGGUCAAAUAACUUAAUGCAAGUUUCUGAUGAAUCUUUUUUGCACUUUGAAAAGCCUUUCUUCAAUUAACCUGUAAGGUACUCCGAAACUCCCCGAUGAGUGCCUCGAGGUUCGAGCACUGCUUUAAUGCAAUAGAAGAAAUUUUUCGAGUUGAAAUCGUCUUUGUUAAUCCUUGAUAUUCAUGAGGAUUUAAGCACCUUUUACCCACAAACUGGACCACAUAUUGUGUUAAAAGUGCUUAAAAUGUGACUUAAAUGUGCUUGAGAAUGUUACUCGUAUGAUGUUGAUGUAAAAUAUCUUCCAAUUUCAGGAUGGGCAAUGCUUACAUAUCUUUCCUGAGUUUAACAUUUUAAACAUUUGUGAAACUACUUUGUAUACUUAAGUGCGCUUAAAACUGAUGUAACCAAUUGCAAUUGUUACUACUGACCCACAGGUGACGUGGAAAUCUGUCACGACUGUUACUGAACCAAAUGUAUGUCUCGCAUAUCACUUCUUUUACCGUAUACUGUCAAAUCAAUAUUUAUUUGAUAAAAUUUUCAUUUUAAACCACGGUGGAAUGGAGGGAAACCUCACAUUUUUUGUGUUACUCAAAAUGUUUUUUUUUUUUUUUUUUUAGACUAAAUCGGGAUUAUUAUACAUCAUUUUUUUUUUUUUAUUAAUAAAAACUUCAUAGCUGUGAAGUGGAAUAAAGAUUGACCCAAAUCGCAGAAAAUCACGCAGAAAUGACUUAAAAUUAGGGGUGCACGAUAUCCAUUUUUUGAAACCGAUAUCGAUAACUUCCUGCUCCUCAAGGCCGAUACCGAUACGAUAAUCGAUAAUAUAUAUAUCAUUUUUCAAUGUAUAUUCACCUGAGUUUUGAACACCUGUAGGUCAAAAAUACUAGUGGUGGAUUCAGCUUAGAUUUGCCUUUGACCAAACCAGAAUUUUCAUGAUGAAAUGAACAUUAUUAUAAUGAAAAAAAACAAAGAGCGUAACUGAACUUUGCAUACUGGAAAAACAGGAGUGGAAACAAAAGCACAAAUCCCAAUCUGACACUGUGCCAAAAUUAUUAUUAUUAGGGCCGAUAAUAUAUUAUGUUAUCGGAUUUAUUGGGAUGACGUCAUAAUUCCUAUUAUCGGACCGAUAAUUAUCGAACGGAUAAUUAUCAUGCACCUCUACUUA